AUAACCGGAUGCCUUUUAUUUUGACACUCUUCCGUGACGGUGCGGCACUCAGUGCGGAAGUUCUGUCAUCCUGCAGGAGGAGAGGAAGGAGAGGCGCAGCUUCGUCUCAACUUUCCGCCCGAAACGCAACAACCUGUCCCGGCAGGAAAAAGCUACGUCUCCCCGGGAACCGCAGCCCCUCCGCCGCCGACAGACGCAGCUCCUCCUCGGGCCUCCGGCAGACUUCGGGGCGAUGGCGAGGCCGAGCCACAGCGAUCACGUCCUCCAGCAGCUCAACAACCAGCGGGAGUGGGGCUUCCUGUGCGACUGCCUCAUCGCCAUCGGCGACAUCUACUUCAGGGCCCACAAGGCCGUGCUGGCGGCCUGCAGCUCCUACUUCCGGAUGAUGUUCAUCCGCGACCAGCAGGGGGCGGGCCACCUGGACCUCAGCAACAUGCAGAUCAGCGCCGAGUGCUUCGACCUCAUCCUGCAGCUCAUGUACCUGGGCCGCAUCGUGGUGGGCAGCUACGAGUUCGAGGAGCUGAAGGCGUCCAUGUCCUACCUGCAGAUGUACUACAUCCCCGACUCGCUGGAGGACCUCCGAGACAUCCGCAGCUCCAACCUCACCCCGUCUUCCUCUGCCUCUUCCUCCUCCUCCUCUUCCUCCAGCUCCUCCACCGGCGUCUCUGGAGGGAAGAUGAUGUUCGGAGUGCGGAUGUACGAGCAGCAGAGAUCCACGGCGCCGGAGGCGGAGCUUCUACCAAAGGCGGCGACCAGCAGCAGCAGCGCAGGGCGCCCAGCUGUUCCCGUAGCCGCCAGCAAGGCGGCGUCGGCUGUAGCGUUGGCAGCGGAGGAGGUGGCUAGCACACCCUUGAUCGUGGCUCCGCCCACCGCGGACAGCGGCGCAGAGCAGCCAUGUGACCUGAGAAAGAGACCCGGUGGCAGAAGUUCUGCUCUCAAAGACCGGCCCAGAUUCGGCCGCACCUACACCUGCGACGACUGCGGCUUCGUCUUCAGCUGCGAGAAGCUGCUGAUCGAGCACAUCCUGACCUGCACCAACAGGAAGGCCUACCACCCGCCCCGGGGGAACACCGAGGGCGACAGCAGCUCCGGCAAGGCGGAGAGCUCCGCCUCCGAGAGCGCCGAGGAGCAGAGAAUCGUCUGUAAGGGCGAGGACGACUGGGCUGACGGCCGGGCCGACUCGGAGCUGCCCGGCAGGUCGCUGGCGGCCGGCACCGACAGCGAGCCCGGCUCCACCCGCAGCAUCAAAACGGAACCGGAGGAAGGCCUGUUCCCUGAGGUCGAGAUGGUCCAGGUGGGGGAGCACGCAGCCAGAGACUCGCUGAGGGACAGGAUGGGUUUGACCCGCGAGUCGGAGCCGGGAGUGUCGGGUCUGGAGAGCUGCGGCGAGUCGGCUGAAGGCCACCUGCCGAGCAGCAGCGACUCCGGGAUCCCCGCCAAACUCCGGAAGGUGAAGGAUGAGAAGCAGGAAGCCGACUGCGCUCCCUGCGAACUCUGUGGCGCUCUUCUGACUGAGGAGGACAAGUCCUCCCACUACCUGUCCAGCCACAUGGGCCACAUAUGCGCCUGUGGGCGGUGCGGCCAGGUUCUGAUCAAAGGCCGGCAGCUGCAGGAACACGCCGAGCGCUGCGGCGAGUCCCACGGCGCCGAGUCGGACUCCCACGGGGAGGACGAGGUGUCGCUGCUGGGGGAGCCUCAGGGGAUGGACGAGGGUCUGCUGGACGCCGCCGACCUGGCCUGCCCUCACUGCGGCCUGCUGUUCCAGAACGAGAGCCUGGCGCUGGAGCACGCCUUGACCUGCCACGAUCAGGACCUGUUUCGGCCCGUGGCGCUGGAGGACGGCGGCGAGCCCGACCACCGCCGCAAACACUUCUGCAGCAUCUGCGGCAAAGGCUUCUACCAGCGCUGCCACCUGCGGGAGCACUACACCGUCCACACCAAGGAGAAGCAGUUCACCUGCCAGACCUGCGGCAAGCAGUUCCUGCGGGAGCGCCAGCUGCGGCUGCACACCGACAUGCACAAGGGCAUGGCGCGCUACGUAUGCCCCGUCUGCGACCAGGGAACCUUCCUGAAGCACGACCACGUCCGGCACAUGAUCUCCCACCUGUCGGCCGGAGAAACCAUCUGCCAGGUGUGCUUCCAGAUCUUCCCAGGCGGAGAGCAGCUGGAGAAGCACAUGGACGUCCACCUGUACAUCUGCGGCGUCUGCGGGGAGAAGUUCCGGCUCCGCAAGGACAUGAGGAGCCACUACAACUCCAAGCACACCAAAAGACUGUAAGGCGUCUGCAGAGUCUGCAGCGUCUGCAGGGUCUGCAGCGUCUGCAGACGUCUGCAGCGUCUGCUCUCAGAAGCCAUAAAUGUGAGAACAAAUCAAGCACUUGAACACCAAAAAGACGACUUUGAAUCUGCACUUUGAAGCUUAAAGCAGAACCUGAACAGGUGUUCAGCCUGCGAGCAGCGACGCUGCUGAUUGGUCGCUUCAGAUCAUCAAAGGCUGCUCUGAUCAGGGGAAGGAUCGAUCGUCCGGUGCUGAAACUGAUCCGACCCGGUUCAGAUGCUGUUUUGUUGUGUUAGAACCGGGUUGUAGAACCGGGCCGGAACAGUCUGAUGGUGUCGCUCGCAGUUUGAACUCCAAUCCCGGGUUUUUAACUCCCACAGCCAGAACGGUUCUGAUUGGUGAGGAGCCUCUCAGGUGAGGUCACUUCCUGUUUCAGAGCAUGGACUCGUUUUUGUUUCUUUUUUAGCCUUGGUACCGACCCGUUUUCCAGAAUACUAAAAGUUUCUGCAGAUGUUUGGGUUCCGGGUUCUGGUUCUUCUCUAAUGUGUGCCUUUGCCGUCAUAUCAGAACUCCAAGAAGAAAACACUAGAACCAGUCGGCCAGAACCGGCCCGCUGGUCUGAUCUGGGACUGCGAUGCCUUAUCAGCUUCAUCUUCAUCACUUCCUGCACAGAACCAGAACCGGUCCCUACACUGACCGACAGAACCAACUCAAACCUGUUAAAACAAAACGGUUUCUGUGUAAAACCAGGUUGGUUCAGAUGGUUUCACACGUCCUGGGUCCGGUUUCAAACGUUUGGACCUUCAGAACAUCAGCCGAGCCCAGAAUCAGCAGGUUCUGUCAGUCCAGAUGGUUCCGACGUUCCCGUUUACCGCAGAAUCUCCCUGAAGGUCCGGCAUACUGUGAGACUCGAGCAAAAAUCAGAACCUGCCGGUUCUGAUCCGGUUCUGAUCCAGUGCUGGCCAAAGUGCGGUCCAGGGCCGUUUGUGGCCCAAAACCGUUUCCAGAACGGUAAAAAUUUGACCGAAGAGAAAAAAUCCUGUAUAUAAAGCACCUUAUCUGUUUUUAAUAUAGUCAGUAUUUAAUUUAAUGUAAAUAAUAAAAACAUUUAGUUUUCAGUCUAAAUCAAACUUGUGUUCGAUCCGUUUCCUGGUUCUGUUGAUAGUUAGAUAGAAAACAAUGGACUAAAUUUAAUUUAAGACAUUAAUUCAAAUAAAUCACAUAGUUUAAUGACUUUAUUGAAUUUUUUAAUCUAAUAUAAAUACAAAUUUAUAUUUUAAUUACAUAAAAUGUAAUCUUGUGACUCCCAGGACUUUUAGCGUCAUGUUGAUUCGUGUUGCUAAAAGUUUGAACUGAACAGUAAAAGUUCAUCUUAAUAAUAAUAAUAAUAAUAAUAAUAAUAAUAAUGACGCACUGAUGAAAACAUUUGUGUUCAUAUUUACCAGCAUUAUAUUUAUUUUCCUCCCUUCCUACGCUGAGGACAUCUGCUUCAGUUAAAUACCCACAAUCCUGUGCUGCAUCACUAUCAGUCACAUGACCGGAUGCAUGAAGCUCCGCCCCCUUUACAAACAAACGGCGACAAAAUGGAGAUAAAUGUCGGUUAAUAUCAGUUAUUGAUAGAGAUUUAUCGUCCCUCCCCAACUAUAUUAAUCCACAUUAUUGCUGCUACUGUUAGUAAAUUAUUAUUGAUUAUUAUGCCAGGUAUUAUUUUUUACCUCUUAAAUUAAAAUACUGUGUUUUCAUUGGUUGGAGGUAAAUUAUUGUCUCGUUUUAUUCCGGAAGCGGCUUGUUGCUCACAGUGUGGCGGCGUUGGGGGAUCGUUUCUAUGGUAACGAAGCUGAUUGGACGUAUAUCUAGACCCAGACCCAUCUGAGUCAUCUUCAUGGUCCGGUUGGUUCUGGUCGGUUCUAACUGAUGGGCCGAGACCAGACGGCAGGUAUUUAGUCUGGUUCUGCUGGUUCUGGUUCUAUGAACGCACUAAAGGGGAGUUUCACACGCAGAACCGUUGGUCCAAAUAUGGGUCUAUUUUCUCUCUGGGUUUUUUCUUCCUGUCAGGCGUCGCCAUGGCAACCUCUGACCUCCAGAGGGAAAGAUCGGCACCGAUUUUAUUGAGACUUUAUUUUUAAAAUCAAACUAGUUGAACUUCAUUUCUGCUGCAGGUUCUGGUUUUUGGUCCGAGCCGCUGGUUCUGUUGCGGUUCCGGGUCCAGUUUCAUGUUUGUUCUACUCUCAAUAAACCAAGUGAUCUUCUGUUUCAA